AUGAUCUUUACUUUUGAUUCCAAGAAACAGUCUAAAACUGAUAACCACUUAAGUCUGAGGAAACGUCCUCCCCCUUCUUUCGACUCCACUGGAGCGCUUUCGGCCCCAUCUGCUUUCAGGGUGCUAGAAGAUGACGGAUUCACGUCUUUCAAACAAACCAAACGGUCUAAAAGAGGGUGCUUGACUUGCAAGAUUAGAAAGAAAAAGUGUGAUGAAACCACACCUGUAUGUUCGGAUUGUUCCAGGCUCGGGAAACGGUGUGUUUAUAUUGACUACGAUAAUAUGCACCCCAGUGAAAUCAAGAGUUUGAAAGAAAUGGUUGAAAAAAGUGAAAGCACAUUGAAGCUCAGGAAGAGGAAAAAGCCAUCUCAAGACCAAGGUAGCCCCGGACGAAAAUGGGUCAGAACUGACGUUGAAUACACUCCUCUCAUCACAGCGGAAAGCCCCAUGGCAAACUUCAGCAGCCCCAAUUCCCCCAAUAUUAUAAACCUACUUAAUAAUGAGAUUGAGGAAAUCAUGCCAAAACCUAAACAAAAGGUGGAGCCGGAACAAAAGGAAUCUCUGGACUCUCCUGACGACGCGCUAUGCGUGGAAGAAAUGGGUGGUGUACACUAUGUGGACAAGCUUGUGAAAUACUCGGCAACUUCGCCUUCGUCUUCUCAACAAAAUAGUCCUUUCAUCACAUCGUACGAUAUGAUCUCAUUUCUUAAGGAAACGGUUCCUGACUUCUCAUUCGGUAAGUCUUCCCCUUUGGAGAUACCCCUGGCACCGGCCAGCCCACUAGCUGCGUUUGCAAAUCUUGAUUUCUCCCAGAUGAUAUCGACAUUGAACCACCCGUCUCCAAGAAUGACCCCUACUGUUCUAUCAGACCUCUCCAGUAGAGCAAACUACUUGUACGAUUACUAUGUGCAUGUGAUUUGCCCCAAGAUAUCGGUGGCACCCACUCUGGCAAAACAUGGAGAUAAUCAGUAUGAACGAGUGUUCCUCCCACUCGCACAAAAUGACAUUGGUGUGAUGUACAGUAUAUUAUCAUGGGCAUGCUUUGCUCUUGGCCGUGAAGACGAUAUAAAAGAAGGAAUGGAAUAUAUUCGGUUGGCUAUCAACCAUUUCUUCUCUAACAAGUCAACAGAGAGGGCCAUGGUGGUCAAUAAGUUGGCAUUGCUUCUAAUUGUAUUGGGAGCAGAGAUUUGUAGGGGUGAUGUGAAAAACUGGACUAGAUACAUGGACUGGGGAUCGAAUCUACUUCACCAGAUUGGAGGUCUUGGAAGCUUCAACAAGAGCAAAGAGGAAAUCUGGCUUAUAUCGAACUUUGCUUAUCAUGAUGUUCUAUCAAGCAACAAGGCUGAUAGGGGACUUUAUUUUUCGGGUGAACAAUAUGAUCGGAUCUUCUCUCAUGAUUUGUCUAAUGGGAUCAUGCAUCCAUUGGUAGGGAUUGCCAAGGAUAUAUACAUCUGUAUUGGGAUGAUAUCUACGUUGGUAUUUGAAACCAACCAAAAAUUAAUGACCCUCAAUAAUGAGUUGAAUGAGAAGAAUGUUAGUGAUUCUCCCAAAACCGAAGUGGGGAUUGGAACUUCCGAUAUAAACAAGUUUGAAGAAGAAUCGGAUCUCAGUAAUCAUGCUAAAGUUAACGAGAUUCUUCUUUCGGUUAAGGCCAGUGCUAUGGAAUUGGAUGCAAAAAUAGAGGCUGCAAAACCUAAUUCUGAAGACUUGAUCAAUUUAACCGACCAGGAGUUCGAAUGGCAGAUCACAUUGUUUGAAACCUUCAAGUUGAGUGCCAAGUUAUAUUUAAGGCAAGCCAUUCUUCGGUGCAACCCGUCUUCUUUAGAGUCUCAAAUCCUCACCAACGAUUUAGUCAAGUGUUUGGACAUCAUCUUGGGGUCUCCUGUUCAAACGGUGUUGUCAUUCCCAGUAUUUAUGGCUGGGAUUCAUUGUGUAACGGUUCUUGAUAGACAGUUUAUGACUGCUAGAAUCGAACAGUACAUUCGAACUUAUGGUCCUUGGAGUUUGACCAGGGUUCGGGCGGUGAUUGAAAAAAUCUGGGAAUUCAAUCCAAAAGGUGACACAGUUGUGGACUGGCAUGGAGUAUUGAAGGAAUUUGGGUGGGAAAUUAACUUUGCUUAA